AUGUACAUUUCCUCACAAACUGUCAUCAUUCUUAGUAUCAUCAUCAUUGGCUCCAUCAAUCUCAAAAUCAUUGCAAGAUCUCAAUUGCUUUACCUUGCUCCACAAGGUCACAAAUGUUGGAAAAAUUGUGCCAAGGUCUGUGUGAAGAAAAAUAAUUUACUAAACCACGUUGAAGGAAAAGAUAACACUGUACCUGACUCUCCUCAUGGACAAGCUGUCAAAGAAUCUGUUCCAGGCCCAGAUGCUGAGCUUCAUAUAUCAGAGGAUGAGGUCAUAAGACGACAUCUAUCUUACAUGGAUGCUGAUAGAGCUAUCAGGACACCCUGCCUGGGCAAACCUGUGCACAUGAAGUCUGGGAAAAUGAUGGGCUGGCUACAACUCUGA